AUGACGACGAUCUCCAACGUUCCAAGGGAAUUGGUAGGGGAGAUUUUCUCUAGAAUUCCUUUAAAAUAUAUGAGAGAAGUGCGAUCAACUUGCAGAACGUGGGAUUCAUUAUCGAAAAGUCGGAGUUUUGCAAAGAUGCAAAUUGAAAAAACAGCUUUCGCAACUAAGGAAGGGGAGUCUCGGAUGAUCAUGUUAAUGGACGACAAUCUCUAUCUAAAGAGCGUCGUCUUUGAUAAUGAUCCAUCUAUAGAGCCUAAAGGCAAACUUACUUGCCUUGACAAACAAGUCAAGAUAUCCCAAGUUUUCUACUGUGAGGGUUUAUUGUUAUGCAUCUUGAAAAACGACACUAAGAUUGUGAUUUAAUAUCCGUAUUGGGGACAAACAAGGUGGAUCAAAACAAGAUAUUUACACAAGUCACGGUACGAACAGUCUAUGGACUUGUACGUGUAUGCUCUAGGAUACGUGAAUAAGAAGAAUAGAUCUUGUCGUAGCCAUAAAAUCUUGAGGUUUACAGAUGAUGACCUAUGCCUUCUUCAAGCACCUGGAAGCAACUUCUUAUGGUAUGAAAUCUACGAUUUUGACACUGGUUUAUGGACAACUCUUAAUGUCUUCACCCCACACUGGCGUAUAUGGUUUUUUAAGCUUGGCAUGACUCUCAAGGGAAACACUUACUGGUUAGCUUCAGAAAGGAAGCCAAAAGAAGAAGACUUUGAGCAUCACAUAAUAUGUUUUGAUUUUACAAGAGAGAGAUUCGGACCGCUUCUGCAUCUGCCGUUUAGCGCUGGAGGUAAUGACCUUGUGAGUAUAUCUUGUGUCAGAAAAGAGAAUCUUGCUGUUUCAUUAAAGCACAUGGAAGCAUGGAUAUUUGAGAUAUGGAUUACUUUUAAAUCAUAA